AGAAUUUGGCGAAAGGAAGGUAUUUUGAAAAACCUUACGAAAUAAACAGAUGUCUUUUUAAAAAAAAUCUCAGACAUUCAAUUUUUAGUAGAAAAGUGAACUGUAGAUGGACAGUGCUGAAUCUUACCUAGGCGAACCUAGCUGUUUUACAAUGAAUGAAGACGUGAAAUAUGAAAACGAUUCAAUUGUGGGUCCAUUGGAAGAUAAGAUACUUGUUCAUGCUCAGUUAUUCCAACAACGUUUGGAGUUGGAACAACAAGAACCGAAUCCAGAGCAAACAUUCAAUAUUCAAUCUGGACUCGAACCGCGGUCGAAAUACAAGACGCCGUUCCAUUGUGAAAUUUGCAACAAAAAGUUCCGAAAAAGUACUUGUUUUUGGGAGCACCAGCUCAUACAUUCGGGUGAACAUCCUUACAAGUGCGAAAUAUGUGACAAAGGAUUUCUGCGAAAAGGUGAUGUUUUUUAUCACAAGCGUAUCCAUACCGGAGAAAAACCACACAAGUGCGAUAUAUGCGGAAAAAGUUUCUCCAAGGUUUGCAAUCUAAACACUCACAGACGUGUUCACACCGGAGUAAAGCCCUUCAAAUGUGAUAUCUGCGGUAAAAGUUUUAGCCAGAGUGGAACUCUCUCGAUUCACGAACGUACGCACACUGGAGAACGACCGUUCGAAUGUAGCAUUUGUGGCAAGGAUUUCAUCAGCGGUAACAAUUGGAGGGCACACUUGAACACCCACACCAACGAAGAACUGGUAAACAGUGAAAUCUUUCACGAAAAAUCGUUUGUCGAUAGAAUACUCAAGAAACGGCUAGAUCCAGCCAGCCAGGAAAGACUCUACCCAUGCGAUAUUUGCGGAAGAACUUUUCUGCGGGCUUGUCAACUGGCAUGUCAUAGGCGUAUACACACCGGUGAGCGGCCAUACCAGUGUACCUACUGUGAGAAAAGAUUUAUCGACGCCAGCGGGCUGGCGAAGCAUAAGCGCAUCCACACCGGCGAACGCCCCUACCAGUGCGGCGAUUGCAGCUAUGCAUUCACUACUAGCACAAAUCUGGCGACUCACAUCCGUCGUGCUCAUUCCAGUUCCAAAGCAGAAAAGGCAACAACUUCGACGACUGAUCCGAGUAACGACUUGUACCCCGACAACCUUCCCAUAACUAAAAUUGAGCCACUAAAUUUAACGGAAACGGAAUUGAUAUAAGAUUAUUUGAUUGCUUAUUUUUCCAAGGCAGUGUAAGUUGAUUACUACUGCACAUUAAUAUCGAAUGAUUAAAUAUUCACACUAAGGAAAUAAAACCUCAUUUUGCAUAUUUUUGUCUAAAGAUUGUAAGAAAUGUUUUCCUUUUUUCAUCAAAAGGAAGGAAGUCUAGGAGAAUAACUAUAAUAAAACAAUUGAAUAGCUAUAAUAAACUUCAAGCGCUUCGAUCAUA